GAGAAGGAAGGGCAAGGGGCGGGGAGCGCCGGCCAGGAGAGUUGCAGGUCAUCUUGAACGGCCGCAUGCCUCGCCUUACCUGAUGUUGCUGAUACGAUCAGGAUGGCUGUAGACUCGGGGCCAGCCCCAGAUGUUGGGCCUUACUACGAAAACCAUGGCUACCAACCGGAAAACUUAUGUGCCCACCCGCACCCGGUGGCCCCCCAGGCCUACGCCGAGUACCCGACUCAGCACUACCCACCCACGGUCCCACAGUAUGCUCCGAAGGUCACCACGCAGGCCACGACACCCGUGGUCCUCAGGAGUUCCAGGUCCCGCUUGCUGUGCUCCGCAAAGGUCAUCUUGGCCGUGGGCGCCGUUCUGGUGGGGGCCGGGCUGAUCGCUGGCCUGCUCUGGAACUUCUUGGAGAACAGGUGCUCUGGAAUGGAGUGUGGCUCCUCAGGGAUCUGCAUCAGCCCCUCCAACUGGUGCGACGGCGUCUUCCACUGCCCCAACGGAGAGGAUGAGAACCGCUGUGUUCGCCUCUAUGGUCCGAACUUCAUCCUUCAGGUCUAUUCAUCUCAGAGGAAUUCCUGGUACCCCGUGUGCCAAGACGGCUGGAACGAAAACUAUGGGCGGGCGGCGUGCCAGGACAUGGGCUACAAGAGCAGUUUUUAUUCUUCCGGUGGGAUUGCCGAUGACAGCGGGGCCACCAGCUUCAUGAAGCUCAACCUGAGUGCCAGCACCGGGGACUUGUAUCAGAAGCUCUACCACAGUGAGACCUGCUCCUCCAAGGUGGUGGUGUCGUUGCGCUGUAUCCAGUGUGGUGUGAAAUCCUCCCCCAGCGGCCAGAGCAGGAUUGUGGGUGGCACGAGUGCCGUGGCCGGGGAGUGGCCGUGGCAGGUGAGCCUGCAUGUGCAGGGCGUCCACGUGUGCGGAGGCUCCAUCAUCACCCCGCAGUGGAUCGUGACGGCUGCCCACUGCCUGGAGGAGCCUCUGAACAGCGCCCGCUACUGGACGGUGUACGCGGGCAUCUUGUCUCAGCCUCAGAUGCUCUACGGAAGCGGAAACCGAGCAGAGAAAGUGAUCUCUCACCCAGACUACGACUCCAAGACCAAGAACAAUGACAUUGCUCUCAUCAAACUGCAGACGCCCCUGACCUUCAGUGAAGUGAUCCAGCCGGUGUGUCUGCCCAACCCAGGCCUGAUGCUGGCGCCCAAUCAGGAAUGCUGGAUCUCCGGAUGGGGGGCCACGUACGAGAAAGGGAAGACGUCGGACGUGCUGAACGCUGCCCAGGUGCCCCUCAUCGAGUCCCGGAAAUGCAACAGCAAAUACGUCUACAAUAACUUGAUCACGCCCUCUAUGGUCUGUGCUGGCUACCUGGAGGGCAACGUGGACUCCUGCCAGGGUGACAGUGGCGGACCCCUGGUCACAGAGAAGAACAACAUCUGGUGGCUGAUUGGGGACACCAGCUGGGGCUCCGGCUGUGCACAAGCUUACAGACCAGGCGUGUAUGGGAAUGUGACGGUGUUCACAGAUUGGAUCUACCAACAGAUGAGGCUGCUGCCUGCCAGGGACCCAGCUGCCCUGGCCACCUCCACGCUGAGCAGUAAUUACCCUGCGCUGUGUUCCUCCGCUGCCUGGUUCGCCAGAGCGUCGAGGCUGGCCAGAGUGGGCGAGCCCUCCCCGGCCCUGGAGCACCCAGAGCUUGUCCAUGACCUGGAUGUCCUGGUGUCAGCAUCACCCCCUCCCCGAUUCCCUGGGGGCGUGGCUCCUUGCUGA